CACCCAACUCUCCUUCUCGCGCAUCCAAUCGCCAAGAUGACCUGUGAAGCCUGCCGCACCAUUCCCCCUGUAGUAUCUGAGGACUACACGCCCAAGGGGACAUUCUCCAACAUCGCCGGCUUGAAGUUUAACACCUAUGUAACCGGCCCCUCAAAUGCCAAAACAGCCCUUCUCACCAUCUACGACAUCUUCGGCAUGUCCUCUCAAACCACUCAGGGCGCGGACCUGCUCGCUGCCCGGCUGAACGCCCUCGUUCUCAUCCCCGAUUUCUUUAUCGGCGAUGGUGCAAAGCCCGAGUGGUUCCCCACAGACACGGACGAGAAAAAGGCCGCCCUGGGGGCGUUUUUCACCCAGAAGGCCGCGUUCGGUGAAAACGUGAAGGUCCUCCUGGAGAGUGUGCAGGCGUACAAGGGGGGUUUCCCUUCUGUGGAGAAGUGGGGGGCUUACGGACUUUGCUGGGGUGGAAAGGUCCUUGCUCUGUCCUCGGGACCUGAAACCCCAUUUGUAGCUACAGCCCAGGUGCACCCCGGCCGCAUGGAAAGGGCAGACGCAGAACCCAUCGCUAUCCCGCACGCCAUUCUAGCCUCGAAAGAUGAGCCCGCUGAAGAAGUCAAGGCGUAUGCGGAGAUCAUUGAGCGAAAGGCUGUCGGGGGAUUCGUGGAGACGUACGAGACCAUGUGGCAUGGGUGGAUGGGUGCGAGAGCGAAUCUGCAGCAGGAGUCGAGUUUGAAGGAGUAUACGCGCGGAUAUACACAGCUGGCGGACUUUUUUGACAAGUAUUUUGCCCAAGUUGGGGGGAAAUGAUUCGGACCGGUUGGCGAUGCGUGUGAUGAUGAAUUAGGUGUGAGCGGGGGUCUAUUAGCAUCGGCGACGAAUACUUUGCAGGGCAAUUUAAAUGGUCCAAUCAAGAGCUUUUGUGUAGAUAAACCAUGGAUAGGCUUCUGAGGCGAAUUCGUCCUACUGUACUUGAAAUAUCCAGGAUAGCAAGUGAGUCAUUUUAUAAC